GGCACAAGUGAAUGUAAAAUGUAGACAAGAACCACAAAGCCCUUCGUGAUUUUCUACAACUAAUGCUGUUUUGGGGGUGAACCAGCUGGGUGGACUUGUGCGCAUUUUACACAGCUUUAAAAAUUGAAGCUUUACUGAGCUGUGUAUUUAGAAUUAACUGUUUUUGGUCAGUUUUUAAAUUUAAACAACUUUUAUAUAGUGUUCCUUUGGAACACGGGCAUAUACAUUUGUUCUUCUGUCAGCAUGCUCAUAGUUCAAUUGACUUACAUUCCGUAAGGACUGCUACUGGCCAUGCAACCUGGUGGUCGAGUCUAUGUUUUGGCGGGUCUGGGUUUGUCUUGCCAAUGUUUUCGCAGCUGGACUCAGAAUUUGUUCUGUCGCAGCUUUGGCUCUAUGCAUGGACACUUGAGCAAGUGGAACAGGAAUGAGAACUGUAAUCCACCACCAGCCCAGGAAAACCCUCGUGUCCUUAUCACAGGUGGGCUUGGACAAUUAGGUGUGGGGCUCGCGGAGUUACUUAGGAAGCAGUAUGGAACAGAGAAUGUAAUCCUGUCCGACAUAAAGAAGCCCCCGCCUCAUGUUUGUAAGAGUGGUCCAUUUGUAUAUGCUGAUGUGUUGGACUACAAACAUCUCAGAGAACUGGUUGUAAAUAACGGCAUCACUUGGCUGGUGCACUACAGUGCUCUGCUGAGUGCUGUCGGGGAGGCUAAUGUGGCCUUGGCGCGCAAAAUCAACAUCACAGGUCUUCAUAAUGUGCUGGACUUGGCUCUGGAGAACUGUCUGCGCCUCUUUGUGCCGAGCACCAUCGGAGCAUUUGGUCCUUCUUCUCCUCGGGACCCUGUGCCUGACCUUUGUGUCCAAAGACCACGAACCAUCUAUGGGGUGUCCAAAGUUCACGGCGAAUUAAUGGGGGAGUAUCUUCAUCAUAAAUAUGGCUUGGAUUUCCGCUGCUUGCGUUACCCGGGAGUGAUAUCAUUCAACACACAUCCUGGGGGAGGCACAACAGAUUAUGCCAUUCAAAUCUUCCAUGAUGCCCUCAGCAAGGGUCACCAUGAGUGCUACUUACGCCCCGACACCCGUCUUCCCAUGAUGCACAUCUCUGACUGCCACCGUGCCACUAUAGAGUUCAUGCAGGCUCCCGAGUGCCAGCUCUCCCUUCGUACCUACAACAUUGCCGCCAUGAGCUUCACUCCAGAGGAGGUGGCCCACGAAAUCCGCAAGCAUCUCCCUCAUCUUAAGGUCACCUACAAUCCAGACACUGUCCGUCAGACCAUCGCAGACAGCUGGCCGGUGAGAUUUGACGACACCAACGCCAGGAGAGAUUGGGGAUGGGUGCCAGUGUUUGGGCUGGAAGAGCUGGUGUCAGAUAUGCUGCACUCCAUUCAGGACAAGUGUUUGCCAGUCAGCUAGCAAUAUCUGCGCUAUAUAGACUAACUGACUUUGUUUCACCUUGAAUUAUUGUGCAGAACUCCUUAAAAUUGACUAAAUGAAGAAUAUACACACACACACACACACACACACACACACACACACACACACACACACACACACACACACACACACACACACACACGCGCGCGCGCGCG